CCGAGGCGGGGCGGAGCGGGGGAGCGCCACAGCUCACAAGAUGGCGGCGGUGCGUAGGGCAGCUCGGCAUUCCCGGCGGGUCUUCGACAUCUUCGUGGCCGAGGUUCCCUGGACGGUGUCGAGCAAGGAGCUGAAGGAGUAUUUCUCCCAGUUCGGGUCGGUGCAGAGGUGCCAGCUGCCCUUCGACAAAGACACAGGCUUUCACAAACGUUACUGCUGGAUUAAAUUCUCAUCUCCAGAAGAGGUUCAGAACGUGCUCCAGAAGGACUCCCACAUACUGGAAGGCGCCAAGCUAUUUCUCAGACAACAGCAAGGUAGAAGAUACCUUCAACCAAAGAGAGAAUCAGUGUGAAUGAACUGUGGAAAGAGGCUUUAUUUCACUAAAUGUAAAGAAACUGAAAUAAAGAUUAUGGAGAAACUGUGA